AUGGCCGGUCGCUUAAUCUGCUUUGUCGCUGGGGUGCUCGCAAUUGGCAGUGGCCUCGCAAAUGCUCAUGGAUCUCAUUCGAGCGACCAACCGCCGUCUAACGAUUGGGCCACGAGACACAUGAUGGAGGAACAUCACAUCGAAUCCUUUGACGCGGGCUCAUUCUUCUUGUUGCACGAUUACGAUUCCUCCGGGUCAUGGUCUGUCGACGAAGUCCGCAAGACGUACGGUCUCGACGAUGAAUCCAACAACGGCGUAAGCGAAUCCAGCAAACAGGCCGCUGUCCGCACUGUCUUUGAUCUCUUUGACCCUUCCCACACGGGCUUCAUUACCCGUGAAGCCUGGAUGAAGGCGAUCGCCGAUGGCGUGCGCCUGCCCGACCUUGGAUAUGGACCAGGACACCAUGGCGACAUGGAGUAUGAAUACGAGAUUCACCACUUUGAGAAAUUCCACGGCGACGACGCAAAGGAGGAGGACUUGACUCACCCUCAGGAUAUCGAGCACUUCAGGAGGCAUGACGAGAUGGAGGCUGCUGAAAUGAGGCUCGAGAAGCUCGAGACGAUGCAAAUCGUGGAAGUCAACAUUCCUCAAAAAUUCCGCCGCAACUUCUAA